UGUAGGCAGCUCAGGCGCCCGCCUUGUUUAGUUGCUAAGUGCUUAGUUUAUAGAAGAAAUAGGGUGCGUUUACUUGUUUCGUAGCUUACUAAACCGUUUGUUUGUUUGUUAGUAUAAGCAAUGGUUGAAUUUUGUAUAUUAACCGUACAAUAUUAAAACAUAUACAGAUAUAUGGGACAAUUAGUUCAAAAUAUCCUAGUCAAAAGCCCUUUUUCGAUCUGGCACCGCCCGUUAACGCGGAGAAUCGAUGAGGGAAUAUUACGUUAUCAAGAAUUCUCUUAGGCGUAUAUACGUUUUCCUUAUCAACAUCUGGCCUAUUUUUAGCUAAAUUAUAUAUAUAUGAAAUACGUACUUUUCAAAUUCUUUCUUAUACUAGACCUGCAUCAAAGUUAAUAUUUCCCCCGUUCCUCCUUUUCGACCAAUUUCUUGGUCAGCUGAGAUAAAUCAGCCAUCUAGUACUCUAUUCCCCAUUGAAUUUUACUCUGUAAGUAUCACUAAGCAAAAUUUGAUAUAAUCGCGAUGGGAAAUGAAUUAAGUCAGGAAGAUGGACAGCAAACACAUCCAGAUCAAGAACUGGACAGGGCAUCUCCCCAGUCAAGAGCUGUUCCGUCUACCGAAAGUUGUGGCGGCCUACAAAGUGCUCGACCUCUCCCCCCCAAGAUCUGGUCAAAGACCAGUUGCUAUUCAACCGCAGGUUGAUCUGAGUAACCUUUCAGAAGAAGAACGAGCUAAGAUUUUGUCGGUGAUGGCGCUGGCUGAAGAUAUGGACAAAGACUUAACAAGACACAGGCGUGCAUCAGAAGAACUCGUUCGAACAGAAGCAAACUCCAGAAGACCUUCAGGAGGUCCACCAGGGGCUACUUCAAGACCAGAUCAGUUAUGCCCUUUAUGUCACAUGACCGAACUUACCUCACAAACAGCUGUGCAAUGUGCAUACUGUGGGAAAUACACCUGUGGAAAAUGUGGAACGUCGCUACAUAAAGGAGAUAGCAAGGGUUCAGUGCGAGUUUGUGUGGAAUGUAUUCGUCGUCGAUCUCAGUCCACAACCAAACGUCCAGAGAGUUCUAGCCAAGUUCAAAGACUUUCGGAGGACGAGAAAAUAAAAUAUACUCAACAACAACAACCUAAAUUCACUCCAGAACCAUCUAGACCUCAGCAAUCAUGUAAACCAGUCACAGAUCCUGUUAGAGUUCAGCAGCCUUCUAAACCAGUCACAGAGACUGUUAGAAUUCAGCAGCCUUCUAAGCCAGUCACAGAGCCUGUUAGAGUUCAGCAGCCUUCUAAGCCAGUCACAGAGCCUGUUAGAGUUCAGCAGCCUUCUAAGCUAGUCACAGAGCCUGUUAGAGUUCAGCAGCCUUCUAAGCAAGUCACAGAGCCUGUUAGAGUUCAGCAGCCUUCUAAGCCAGUCACAGAGCCUAUUAGGAUUCAACAGCCAUCUAAACCAGACACACUGCUUUCCAAAGUACAGGAGCCUGUUCUGGGUGCAUUAGUAGAACCGUUUAUGGCGUCCGUUUCAGAACCUUCCAGAGAUCAGUAUGUUUUCUCGAGUGUUAUCACAGAAACUUCCAAGGUCCAACAACCUGUUUUAGGUACCGUGGCUAAAACACGUCAAAUCAUUCCUAUAACAUGUGUUAAUACAACCCCUCAACUACAAACGUCGACGUCUUCGCUACAAAAUGUCCAUUACUCAUCAAAACCAGAAUUGGUAACUGGUGAACAAUUAUUUUCAUACGACCGUUCAGGGUCUAAGGAAGAAAGUGAUGUAACAACCUCAACUCAAGGCCUAGAGUCAUUUACAAAUGGAGAUUUCGAAGCCGGUGCAACCACAGUUUCAGAAAGGACUUCCCGAGGUUAUUCUACACCACUGGAUGAUGCGAGUUCUGUCGAUAUUCACGAACCCAUGAUCAUCUCUGAACAUAGCGAAAAAAUCGAUGAAGAAGAUACCGACCAUAAUGGGAAUGGGUAUUUAGCUGAAGAAGAACUGAAAGAAGAUUACUUUCAGAGGUUGAAGUUUGCGUCUAUGGAGUCUGAUGAAAUUGACGAAGAGUACGAGAAGGAGGGGGAAGAAGACGAAGAAGAAGACAGUGACGAAGAACUUGAUGUUCCUACAAUCUUACAACCUCUGGCAUUUUUUGAUCGCAGCCCAGGAGAAGUAUACACCAUCCCUGAAGAAGAAGACGAACCCUCUUCUCCCACACAGUCUCGGCUAGCCGGCUCAGAUCUGAAUUCCGACACCGCUUCUUCCCUGAUUCGCUGGAGAGGUGUGGGACAGACAUAUCGUACAGCUUCUGGAACUGGAACUAAGGAUUCUUCUUUGAAAGAUACCCGCCCUAAGAAGUCAGAGGGAACAAGUGACAAAGGUGUUAAUGGUGCUAAUGGAAACAUCCUUCCUCAGCAACAACAACGAAGGGACGAAAUAGGUCAGAUAAGUAGUCAGUCAGUACCCCACCAGACAUUGGCAAUGCCUUUCACUGAACAAAAGUAUCACCAGUACCAAGAUACAUCCAGAGAACUCCCCGUCUCUGGCUCUUUAGGGUUUGUGACUUCAACAGCACAAGAAAACCAUCAAGACAUGGAAGAUAAUAGAAGUGUUUCAACUUCUCUUCCAAGAACAGUCCCAUUGACUUCAGUAUCCCAAAGUGUCCCUCAGCAACAACAAACAAUCCAGUCCUCUCAGGCUGAUGAUCAUCAACAAAUCAUUGCUGCUCAAGCAUCCAACAAACAAAAACCUAAAAGCAUCGACUUGCAAGGGCAAAAGAAACAAAAACCAAAACCUGAACCACAAGACUGGUCACCAGUGUCGGAUUUGUCUCCAAUUAUGGAUGUGUCUCCCUCGGUCGAAGCUGCUGAGCAAGAACUCAUGGAAAAGUUUCGAGAAAAAGCUGAGGAAGAAGAACAAAGUAAACCAAUAGUUCAGGCAUCUAUUCCAAGAGCCACCAGCGGUACAAUCUCCGGGAUGAUAGCCGAUUUUAACAAGGCUCUUGGUCUUUCUGGUAGCUCUCCAAUAGAAGAUCAACAAAGUAAAGUAAAUUUCACCACGAACGCCACUAUUUCUCCACCUCGUCCUUCCGUCGUUUCUGGGCAUGAAGCAGAUACCCCAAAAGACCAGAAUCAAAAUGUUGUUUCUUGUGUUCCUCACAGCACCAAAGAACAGCGACAAGCGCCUGCCAUAUCUGAAUCCGAAGUAGCUACACCUGUCGUUCAACAACAGCAUGCAGCACUUCCACCACAGCCCAGUACACCAAGAAGAAUUCACAGACGACUCCCUCAGCCCACCAUGGAACAGAUGCAGGCUGCUGUUGCUAUGGCUGCUCAGACACCAAGAGGAAAGGUAUCAUCACAAGUCAAGGUACCAGUAACGACACCUUUCGCUCCACAAAUGAACGUUGUGGGCGUUCCUACGACAUCAGUAAGUACUACUCGCCCAGUUUCCCCAUCUGUUUCGUCAAAUAAAGUACAUGAUAAAAAGCAGUCAGAUCACCAAGUAUUGGUUACGGAUUCUUUUACUGAUCAGGCAGGCCACACUAUGAAGGUGACGGCUCAAAUACAUCAAGUGGACCCUCUAUCUAAACAGAUAGAUCAACACCUGGCAAACCAGAAAGUUUUUACUUCCUCUCACGGUGCCCAAUCCUUAGUUUCUUCCGCCGUAUUAACUUGUGGAGUAACAUCUUUGGUCACAUCAUCAACUACCACAAUGGCCACUGUGACGUCACGCCACGUCGUUGCUGGUUCAUCACCAACACCCCUUGAGCAUAUGCCUACUUCUAGGGCAGCAUCUGUGGAAAGAAGAUCUCCCACUCUAGGGUUAGAGAAAGAUAUUUCAGCUUUUCCCGGGAAAGGGGAUUUCCUAAGCACCGAAUCCCCUCCUCUAUCUUUACUUUUGCGAACUGGAAAUGGAACACCGCAGUCUCCCGGAACUCCAAGAGACAAAACUGGUGAGUCUUCUGAUACUCAGAGCGAGGCGGACAGUUCAAAAUCUGGAAAAGUUCGUCGAAAGCUCCCCCCUCUUCCUCAGGAUCAAGAACCUUCACCUAUUCCUACAAGGAGGGGUAAAGACCGUGCUCGAAACCUUUCAAUUGGUAGUUCUCCCCUUCAUUUAACAGACAGACAGUGGGUUCAGCGGACGUCUUCACUAGAUAGUGCACCUGUAACAACGUCUGGAGGAGAUUUGACUCGUGUAAGUUUGAGCGAUCAUUAUAUCAAACAGUUGGGAAGUUUAAAUAGUCAACCAUCAGAACCGACUUCGACUGUUAUACCAAAGAAAGAUGUUUCUCAGAAACCCACUUCGUCAUAUCUGAAGUCUCCGCUGAUGACACCCGAGGCAGUUUCUCAACGUUUGGGAUUAGCUGACUUUAGUCUAGCAGGUUCGAAGUUACCAACAUAUAUGCAAAAUUUGAAGCAUCAGUUGCGUGAGGAACUAAGAACUGUGACUGAAGAACGAAAAAGACUCCUAGAAAUCAGAGAAAAAAGUCGAAGCCUGUACCGACGAACUGAGACUGAUCUAGUUUCGCUGCAUCCUUCUGUAUGGUCGGAUGAUCCAACAUCUCAGCUUGAUACUCUUGCUACGCAUCGAAUAGCUACGCAUUCUUCUUCAACACCUCUAUCAACUAAAAGAUCCACGUCAGCUCGAACCUCGCCCCAGGGGUCCCCGAGGAAAUCUAGACACCGAAGGCAUGCCUCUGACCCUAAGCUUCCUCCUUUUUCACCAAUUAAGGAGGUCCAUGACACCGAAUCCGAGCUGGCGACGUUUUCAGCAAUGAAAAACCAGAACAUUAAUAGUGGAGCUUUCAAAUCUUUUGAGUUUGAGUCAAUAGAUGAACAACUCAAUUACGAAGGAGGUCGACCUGCAUGGCACCAUCAUGGCAAACAUGGAGAGGACUAUACCAUUUCCGAAGGUCAGCUUUUAGACAGCAGCAGACCUCAGCUGCGAGAAACCGCUAUAAGCAGCAUUAUGGAUGACAGGAACUUCGAUUGCCAACAGACGUUUUCUCAAGAGUUGGCAAGAAGCCGUAGAACGAGCGAAGGAUCAUCUCGCACCUUGCCUGCAACCUUCAACCGAGAAAUUGACCAAUGGGAGAGAAAUAUAACUGCUCAGUUCCUUACAAGUGAUAGAAAAACACGGAAAGAAAAGAAAUCUAGGAAACCUAGAUCGUGGCAUCCCUCGCCCUACGUGUCUGAAGAUGAAGAUGACCAGAUGACAAGAGAAGAAAAGAAAGCCAAAGUAAAAGAGGAGAUUGCACGAAGGCGGCUGCAGAUUGAGCAAAACAGCAGGUUAUACGAUGAACUUCACAAGUUAGCUAAAACGAGAGAAGCAAGUGAACAGAGAGCACAAGGUGUUUAUCAUGAUCGGCUGGAAAGCGACCGUCCGGGAUAUACCGAUGAACCUAUAUCAGAUCCCUCCGGAGAAACUGGCAACGGCCUCGCCCGUCGAGUGAGGAAAGCGCAAAGCUCCAUCGCACCCACAACUUCACAGAAGUAUGAUUUUCCAGUGAAGCGGAUUCUUUUAACAAGAGAUCCAAAGGACCGUUCAGUUAGCGGAAAUGGUCUGGGAAUGAAAGUUGUGGGAGGGAAAGAAAUCCCUGGAAACAACGGCAUGAUUGGAGCAUACGUAGCCAAAAUCUACCCAGGAGGCGUUGUAGAAACUUUGGGAGAAGUUCAAGAAG